CUGCUUUUCCUGCAAUCUGCUCUUCUUACUUAUUCUGCUAUUUCCUUCUACUCUCACCUACAAACCAUUCCAAGGAAAUUUGUUUCCUCUACCUCUCUUCAUUCCUCUUCUAAGUUUUCAGUUCAACUUGGUUUCUUUCAUUUCCCUGUUACAACUGCCUCCCAAAAAAAAAAAAGUGCCUUUGUUUAAAGAUCUAUUUCCUUGUUAUCUCUUCUUUUCGUUGUUGGUUUUGAAAAUCUUUUGCCAAAAAAACUAAAAUUCUUUUUCUCAUCAUUGGAGGGGUUUGUAUUAUCUCGUUCCGUAGUUCAUAUACAAACUAAAUUUAUUAAAAGCCAAAAAAAAUAAAAAAGUUGACGUCGUUGUUGUUUAGAGAUUUCUUGCAACUCUGCUCUCUGUUACUUCUGUUUGUUGCUUUAAAAAAUCUUCCAAAAAAAAAAAAAGAAGUUUCUCAUCUACCUGUCCCUUAGAAGUCCUGGUAGUGUCUCUCUUCGUUCCUUCUUCUAGGUUUUCUGUUCAACUUGUUUUCUUUCUUUCAUUUUGGGCAAAAGUUUCUUUCAUUUUCUUGUAUCAGCUUGUGCGAGAAAAAAAAAAACAAAAAAAGAAAACAAAAGGUGUCUUUGUUUGAGGGUCUAUUUUCUGGAUACCUCUUCUUGUAUUUGUUUCCUUUGAAAAAUCUAAAAGAAAAAGGGAAAAAACUUCUCAUCCUCAAUCCUUUGUUCCUUGGAAGUCUUUGGUACUGCUGCCUCAGUUUGUAGUUCUUCAGAGUGAGAGACAAGUUUAAUUUGGCGUGAAGCAGAGAGUGAUUCCGCUAAAGUUGGUCUCUUGAUGUUUAGAAUCUUUCUAUUCUAUAAUUAUUAAUGUUCAUUAAUAAUGUGAAUUGUGUUUUUCCUCUAUUUUUGUGGUUAUGAUUCUGGACAACAGAAUAUUACUUGUCAAGGGAAGGGCAACUGCGGCAAACACCUCUCUCGUCUUUCACAGGCUCUGUCUGGAAUCAACAAUGGAGAUUCUCGGUGCCAUUGCCGGCGAAAUAGCAAAGUAUACACUGAAACCCAUUGUACGACAAGUGGGAUAUUUGUUUUUUUACAAAGACAAUUUUAAGGAGCUAAAGAAUCAAGUCGAGAAGCUGGGGACGGCAAAAGAGCGAAUUGUGCAUGAGGUUGAAGCAGAGAGAAGAAAUGGAAGAGAGAUUGAACCUGAUGUGGAGGAGUGGCUGAAUAAAGCUAAUGACACUUUAGAGAAAGCCAAGCGAUUGUGUGAAGAUCCUCGCUGUGUGAAGGCAGAGUGUUCUGGAUGGUGUCUUCCUAAUUUGAUUUCACGCCAUCAACUAAGUCGAAAUGCAAAGAAAACGGUAGAAAAUGUUGCUGAAGUGCUGACACAUGGGAAGUUCGAUCGAAUUGGGCACCUCCCUCGUCUACCCACCAUCACAACAAGAGAUAAUGUAAAGCUCGGGUCAAGGAACUUAAUGAAGGAGCGCAUUUUAUCGGUUCUAAAAGACCUUAAAGUAAGUAGAAUAGGGGUCUAUGGAUUAAGUGGGGUGGGGAAGACCACUCUAGCAAGUGAAAUUGUUGCACAAGUUAAGGAUGACAAGUUAUUUGAUGAAGUGGUUAUGGUGACUGUAUCACAACCUGUAGAUAUUGAGGGAAUUCUUGAUCAGAUGGCAGAUCAGUUAGGCCUGCGCUUUGAAGAGAAGUCCCCCAUUGGAAAGGCAAGCCGCUUACGUGCGAGAAUCAAACAGGACAACGCUAUCCUCAUCAUAUUGGACGACAUCUAUGAAGAACUUGAUUUGGCUAAAUUGGGAAUUCCAUCACUAGAUAAUCAUAAGCUGGGAAUUUCUACACAGGAUAGUUAUAAGGGCUGCAAAUUGUUGCUCACUUCUAGAAACGAAAAUAUUUUACAAAAGAAUGCAACUCAAGAGAAUUUCAGACUCGAAGAAUUAAAUAAUGAAGAAUCUCUUGAAUUAUUUCAAAUGACGAAUGAUGUGGGUGUCGAGUUGCGAGAUAUUGCAACGGAAGUGGUAAAAAGUUGUGCGGGCUUGCCUGUGUUGAUAGUCGCAAUGGCAAAGUUAUUAAAAAAUAAAGAAAUUCAUCAGUGGAAAAAUGCCUUGGAUGAACUGAAAAGAGUUAACAGUGGAAUAGUGGGUGAGAAAAUUUUUCCACCUUUGAAAUACAUGUACGAUUGUUUACAAGAUGAUGGGGCGAAGCAAGUAUUCUUGCUUUGUGGAGUGUAUGGAACGUCCAUUCUUGUUGGUGACUUGUUGAAAUACGUCAUUGGUUUGGAUGUAUUCAAAUAUAUAAAAACCAUUGAUGGUGUAAGAAACAAGCUUCAAACAGUGAUUGAUGACUUGAAGGCAUCCUGCUUUUUGCUUCACAGUGAUGCAAUUGCACGAGUGAUCAAAAUGCACGACCUUCUUAGAGAAGUAGCAAUAUCAAUUGCAUCUGGGGAUCAACAUGUCUUCACAAUGAAUGUUCCAUUUCAAGAUUGGCCAGGAGAGGAUUUUUUUAAAAGGUGUACCUGGAUAAACUUGUAUCGUUGUUGCAUCCAAACACUUCCUGAAAAGUUAGAUUGCCCCAGUUUGAAAUUUCUUCACUUAAAUAGCAAAGAUAAUCCUUCAUUGGAAAUUCCAAACUCCUUUUUUGGGGGAAUGAGAAACCUUGAGGUGUUGGAUUUAACAGGAAUGAUGAUAUCAUCGUUACCGACAUCUCUUGCCACAUUGACUGAACUUAAAACAUUGUGCUUGGAUCAGUGCUCUUUGAAAGUUAUGGCUGGAAUUGGAGCCUUGAAAAAUUUAGAAAUUCUCAGCUUCAUCCGUUCAUCUAUGGAAGAGUUUCCAAGUGAAAUAGGGCAGUUGACUCACCUAAGAAUGUUGGAUUUGAGUGGUUCUGGAAUUGAGGUUAUCCCACCCAAUGUUGUGUCCAAGUUGACCACACUUGAGGAAUUGUACAUGGGCAAUGCCUCGGUAAAAUGGGAGGCAAAAAGUCCGACAAAGCAAAACAAAAAUGCUAGUCUUGCUGAGCUCACGCAUUUGACGGGCAUGAGUACUCUAGAAAUUCAAGCUGAGACUUGGAUUUUACUGAGGGACAUUGUAUUUGAGAAGUUAGAGAGAUAUAAGAUUGUUAUUGGAGAUAAAUGGGAUUGGCGAAAUGAUAAUAAUACCUUGAGGUUGUUAAAGCUAAAGCUUCACACUUGCUAUCAAUCAGAACAUGGCAUUAAAACGUUGAUGGAAAGUGUGGAAGAUUUAUAUUUAGAGGAAGUAAAUGGCAUUUCAAAUGUGCUUCUCCAAUUGAAUGGCAAAGGAUUUCCACAGCUAAAGCAUUUGCACAUCCAAAAUAAUGGAGAAAUUCAGUGCAUUAUCAACUCAACAGGAAGGAAUCAAACAAAUAUAAUCUUGUUUCCAAAAUUGGAGACAUUAAUACUUCAUAAUCUCUCCAUGAUGAAGGAGAUAUGUGAUGGGCCACUGAGAGUUGAUUCUUUUAGAAAGCUAAGAGUCAUGAAGCUCAAAAGUUGCGAGCAGCUAAAAUAUGUCUUCUUGAAUUCAAUGGUUAAAAACUUUUCUCAACUUGUUGAAAUUGAAGUCUCUGAAUGCCAUUCUAUGGAGAACAUAGUGUCUUUGGAAAGUAUUAAUAGUGGCAUGAUCAUCAAUAAAGCUGAGUUUAUUCAAUUGCGACACUUGGCUUUACAAUAUUUACCUGCAAUGGUUAGUUUUUGCUGCUCUGAUAUUCCAACGUCAUUCUUCGAUGCAAAGGUUUCAUUGUCAAAUUUGGAGACCCUGAAAUUAAGCUCGAUUAAUUUGGAGAAAAUUUGGGAUGAUCAUCAACAUUCAACAGCCACUUCUUUCCGAAAUCUAGUUAAUUUAAUCGUGAAGGACUGUGGCAGCCUGAAAUAUUUAUUCUCACCUUUUAUGGUUGAAAAUCUAGAAAAUCUCAAACGGCUUGAAAUAAGUAAAUGCCACGCGAUGGAGGAGAUAAUGGCCAUAGAAGUAAGUAACAAUGAGAUUACACUGGCUCAAGAUCAGGUAGCUGGGUUUCCCAAAUUGGAGGAGAUCAUAAUAAAUGACAUGAAGAACUUGAAGAGAGCAUGGCACUACCAAUUUGGCAGAUCGAAGACAAUGGAAGUGAACAAAUGUGAGAAACUGGAGACUGUUUUUCCAUCGGGCUCCAUGCUUGAAGCACUAAGAAGUCUUGAGACGUUGAGGGUCAAAGAUUGUGCUUCAGUUGAAGAGAUAUUCGAACUCACCACUGCUGAUGGAAUGCAUGCUCAAGAAGUGACAGCACAGCUGAAAAAUCUAGAAAUAAGUGGACUGCCAGAGAUGAAACGGAUAUGGAGCAAGGAUCCCCAAGGACUUGUUCGCUUUUCCAAUCUAGAACUCGUGGAUAUUGCGGGCUGUUACAAGCUGGAAUAUAUCUUCCCCUUCUCCAUUGCUAAGGAUCUUCCACAACUUCAACAUCUCAGACUAGUUUUGUGUAAGAUCAAGGAAGUUGUUUCGAAGAAGGAUGGAUCAUUGGAUGAAACUACCAUAUUUGAGCUUACUCAUCUCACCUCCCUGGUCCUAGGAUAUUUGCCUAAACUCAAGGGAUUCUAUGCAGGGGUUCAUACAUUAGAAUGUCAAUCCUUGGUAAGGUUGCAAGUGUUGGAUUGUCCACAUUUAAAGGUAUUCAAUCCGCGUGCAAAUAGAUGCCGGCAAAGUUUUGCUGAUGACCGAUUUCACUUCUCAAUGCAACAAUAUCUAUUUACAGUUAAUGAAGAGGUGACUGGCAACUUGGAUUCUUUGUACCUGCAAUAUUGGGAUGCUAACGUCAUAUUGCAUCACCAAGUUCCCUCGUACCGCAAACUCAAACAUCUUUGGAUAUUUGCUUUUCAAGAUGAUCAAGCAAGUGCUCUGCUUCGGUUUCUCAAAAAUGUACCUAGUCUCGAAAGGCUAAAUGUUUCAUUUAGCUCCACAAAGGAGAUAUUUUAUGAUGAAUUGCUAACACAUGAGGAAGAACGGAACAAAAUUAACACCCGGCUUAAAGCAUUGCGGCUACAGCGUUCACCGAAGCUUCAGAAUUUAUGUAGAGAAGGAAGUCAAAUUCACCCUGUUCUUGAGGUUCUUGAAGUCUUAAUGGUGGAAGAAUGUUCCAGUUUAAGAAAUUUAGUCCCUUCCUCUGCAACUUUCUACCACUUGACAUAUCUGGUGGUAAUACAGUGCAACAGUUUGAAAAGCCUAAUGACCUCAUCAACGGCGGGAAGUCUUUUCAACUUGCAAAGGAUGAAAAUAGAAGAGUGUGAUUCGCUGGAAGAAAUUGUGACAGAAGAGGUGGAUGGGGCAAAAAAUGAAAUUGCAUUUAAUAGUUUGUUAAGUUUAGAGCUAAAUUAUUUGCCAAGGCUCCGUGGUUUUUCAUCAAGCAAGUGCCCCUUCAAGUUCCCAUGGUUGGAGAGAUUUGUUGUUAGCCAAUGUCCUCAGAUGCAAAUUUUCUCAGACAAAGCAAUAAGUGCACCAAAGCUUAGGACAACACUAGCGGAGGGAGAAUCUUACUGGGAAGGAGACUUAAAUGAAACGAUUAGGAAGAUGUUUCUGAACAAGGUGGCAUUUUGUAGCUUCAAGCAUUUAGAGCUUUCGAAAUAUCCGGAGUUAAGAGGAUUGUGGUAUGGCCAGGUUGGUCAUGAAAUAUUUUCUAAUUUGAAAUCGUUGGUGGUGCGAAAUUGCCAGUGGCUUUCGAGUAUUCUUCUUUCUGGAAGCAUGCUAGAAGCUUUGUUCAACUUGGAAGAGCUUGAAGUGACUGAGUGUGAUACACUUGAAGCUGUGUUUGAUUUGGGCGAUAUGAAUGGAAGAGGAAGGAUGGCGAGAGAAACUAUUCAGCUGAAAAAAAUGAGACUUGAUAGUCUGCCAAAACUGAAGCGCAUGUGGAAACAUGAUUCCUGUGAAAUUGCUAGUCUGGGUAAUUCAAGCGAUGUUUGUGCCGGUGAAUGCCAAUCAUCAAAUGGAGAAGAAAGGGUCGAUUUCAAAAGUUCGGAUCAUUUGAAGCUCAUUGCAUCGAAUUUGUUGACAUUGCUAUAUUCAUUGGAGGAACUAGAAGUGAACGAUUGUGAUUCCUUAGAAACAGUGUUUGAUGUGAAGGUCAUGGACGACACAGAAAUGCAUGUAAAGGAAGAAAGUCAAUUGAAAAAGCUUACUCUCUUGGGACUGCCAAAUCUGAAACAUAUAUGGAAUAGAGACCUUCCAAAAAUACUCAGUUUCAAAAAUUUGCAGAUAUUGACAAUUGCAGGAUGCCUGAACCUGAAACACGUGUUUUCGGUAACAUUAUGCCAAGAUCUGCAGCGACUUCAAGAGCUUUCCAUGCUUCAUUGUGGCAUUGAGGAAAUUGUUGCAAUUGAAGGAGAAGGACUAGAUGAUCUUGAGUUUGAUUUUCCAAAGCUGACUUCCUUCAUGCUAUGUUGGUUGUCACGAUUGAAGAAUUUUUAUCCAAGAAGACAUAAGUUAGCAUGUCCUUCAUUGGAGACAUUAGAUGUCUGUGGUUGUGAAGAAUUGGAAAUAUUUGACUUUAGCCAUUUGGAUUCCCAGCAUACAUCUACGGUGGACGAAAUUGACAUGCCGAUUCAACAACCACUCUUUUCUUUUAAAGUGGUGUCACCGACUUUAAAAGAUUUUGCAUUAAAUGGAAAAGAUUCUAUGAAGAUACUGGAUAGUCAUCAUGAGGCAAGUCUCUUUCCUGGUGUAGAGGUGCUUCGCCUACAAUGCUUUCAAGAAACUCCAAUAAUGUGGCUAAAUAGGUUCCUUGAAAAAUUCCCUAACAUUACAACACUUGAAGUGCGUUGUAGCACUUUUAAAAUACUUUUUCCUUCCGAGGAAGUUGGUUAUGGUAGUUCUAAAACUCCCAACCGGUUAAAAAAGUUGUGGCUUUUUCAGUUGGAGCAGCUUGAGCAGAUAGGGAAUGAUUACGACUCUCUGUCAGAUGUCCUUGAAGUACUCAGUGUGACGUGUUGUCCGAGUUUAACAAGCUUGGGACCACCUUCAAUAUCUUUCACUAGUUUAACUCACUUAAAAGUGGAGGACUGCAAAGGGAUGACCUUUUUAAUGACAGCUUCCACCGCUAGAAGUCUUGUGCACCUCAAAAAGUGGCGGAUAAUAAACUGUGGGAUGAUGGAGGAAGCUGUGAUGAUCGAUGAAGGAACACCAGAAGAGAUCACAUUUGAAAGCUUAGAAUAUUUUGAAAUGACUUCUUUACCCUCUCUCAAAAGCUUCUGCUCUGGCAAACCCACACUCGUAUUCCUAUCAUUUGAAUUACUAAAAGUGAGAGGAUGCCCGAAAAUGCAGAAUUUCUCAUCAGGAGACAUUAUAGCCCCUCCGAUUGAAAUAGAAAUAGAAAAUGGAACAACGCAUUGGACAGAAGACGUUAAUGCUACUAUCAAACAGCUGGUCACGGGACAGGAAGUUUCAGAUUUUGAUGACAGCGAAUAGUCAAAGCGAUAAGGUACCUGCAACUUAUGAAGAUGAUCCAUUUUAUUUGUCAUUUAUGUUUGAGAUUUUCUUUCAGUGAAAAAGGAGAAGGGAAAGAAAAAUUGGUGGUCUAUAGUAAAUAACAGCUUGCUCCUUGAACAAUACUGGAUUGAUGAAUUUUUCAAUUUACAUUAUGAAGUGUAAAAUGUACUAUUGUACCCGGACAUAUGUUUAGUUUGAAGGCAUGUAUGCAGAAUCGAGUUGAUCAUCUUCAUCAAUAUUGGAUAUGUUGCAAUAUACAGCUAUUCUAUGCAUUUAAA